AUGGACACGAAGGACGCGGACAAAAGGGCGUCUCCGGAGGCCAGCGGCACACCGGCACAGGAACCGCCACAGAAGUGGCAGAAGGCUAGCGGCAAGGGGGACGGUCUUCAAGCCAGCGACGCGAGAAGGAAUGGCAGCCCUCUUCUCGUCGAGGCAACGGCUACCAGUGGUGGAGUGGAGGUCGAAACUAAGAGGGAGCGCGAACUCCGGGAGCUCGUUCGCGAGCUGGUUCGCCUGGUUUUGAGGCAAGCCGACACGUUGUCCUACUUGCAGAUGGACCUAGGGUUUAUGGUCUUUCUCAAGACCACGAUGCAGCCUCACCUGCCGGAAGAGGAUGCAACACAGGCCAAACAGUGGGCAGUGGUAACCGACCUCUACCAGGCAGCGGAGAAAUGGCACGCGAUGAAGCAGGCGGACCCCAACAGCAUCAACGCCACCUUGAGGACCACCCUGGUUCAUUGCCUCGUUCAGGCUCUCCUGGAACGGGUCUCGGCCUUGGAAUCCAACACGGAGGACCUGGCUCGCCUGGAGAAGCUGGGCCUGAUGGAGGGAGACAAGUUCCUCUACCUGAAGUGGAACGGGGAGCUCCGCCGGCACGAGAAGUCCACCCAGGAGCCCCUCACCUUGGCGCAGGCCAAAACGUACCUGUUGCUGAUCAAGAACCACCUCAUCUUCCCCCGGGUCAUCUUGAGGUUCCAUGCCUUGAGAAAGCUGACGCCCAACAUGGCGUCAGACGUGGUUCCCUUCACGCUCGAGAUCCACAACCGAUGCCGCGAAAGUCAGGAAGUCUACCUGGCAUUCGAACGGAUGUCAUACAAAGCAGUUUGGCAUCUUGUUGGAGGCACGGUCAGACCCAGCAAACUGGGCAGGGGACCGCUGGAGAAAGCCGUGGAGGAAGCAGCGAAGCGGUUGUAA